AUGGCCUACAAAAACCUGAUGCUGCUGUAUACCACUGACCCGUCAUUAUGGUGCAAGUUCUUCCCAACUACUCUUACGGGAGGAGCGCUGACGUGGUAUACCUCCCUUCCAGGAGGAAGUAUACACAACUUUUCCCAACUGGAAGACAAGUUCCUGGGCCACUUUGUAGCUUCCAGAAGGCAAGAGAAAUCAAACUUCCAUCUACUCAGCAUCACGCAAUUGGAAAGGGAGUCCAUAUCAUCCUAUCUAAAAAAGUUUCAUGAGGCGGUGCUGGAAGUAACUGAUUUGGAGGAACCGGCCCAUGACCCUAAAAAACGGAGGUCGGAUAAGAAAGAUCGCGCUGCCAAUCACCCCUCAAGGAGUAGAGAGGAACAGUCAUCAAGGAGGGAAAGAAACUACAUGCCGCGUCAUCCGGAACCCCCGUCAGAUAUGGGGCCCCCACGACCCCGUCACGUAUAUGUCACUGAAGGGGAGCCCAGGACGCGGAAUCUGUUAGAUGGAGGCAAUGAUCCGCUGUUCAACCGGAACAGGAAGGACAUAUUCUUCGCCAUCAGGGAUCAAUUGCCAACUCCACCUCUUACUGCUACCCCCUCUGAGAGGCGCAACUACAAUCUGUGGUGUGAUUACCACAAAGAGCAGGGCCACACUUUGGCCCAAUGCCGCGAACUUAAACGUAUCCUCCAUCAAUUGGCUGACGAGGGAAAAUUGUCCAGGUUCAUCAACCGAAAGGAUUACGAUGCUAGAAAGGAAGUAGAAAGAAGGCCAUGGAAUCCAAGACGCAGAUCCCCCAAAAGGGAUGAGGCCAGGCGCAAAAGUUCCAACACUCAAGGAACUAUUAACAUGAUUUUCGGAGGAUAUACGGAAGAAUAUCCUACCAUCCGCGCAGCGAGAGAUAGCGUCCACACUCUACUAAAAGGGCCCCAGAAAGCCUCGUCAAGUGGGCCGAUCAUGAGGUUCGAUGCCACGACCUCCCAAACACUACAACAACCCAUACGGACCCUCUGGUGGUCAUUCUCAAGAUUGGGCAAAUGA